AUGACAGACGAUGAAUCAAUCCAAUCACAACCUGUAUAUAAAGCUGCAGCCAAGAGAUGGAUCUAUAUGAUUGUUGGCAUGGCAAUCAACUUUUCUAAUGGAAAUACAUGGAUCACAUUUGCCAGUAUAACCUUCUAUACAAACAAUUAUUAUGGAAAUGAUAAUGCAACAACUAUGUUUAAUGCCAUCUUCAUGCUUUUAUCCAUAUUUGUUGGACCAUUGGCAAUGUGGUCAUCAGAUAGAUUCGGCCUUUUCACAGCUUAUCACGUUGGAAUUUGGUCAAAUUUUCUUGGUAAUGUAAUACGUUUCGCUGGAUCGGGCAGCUGGAUGCCAAAGCAUAAUAGAUUCAUGGUAGCAUUCAUUGGACAAACUAUUGCUGCCUUUGCUCAACCAUUCAUUCUCUUCUUACCAACAAAGAUUGCAAGUUACUGGUUCAAACCAGAACAAAGAACUUUGGCUGAUACAUGUGUUAGCAUGUCUAACCCUCUCGGAAUUGCUUUGAUGUUCUCAUGUGCACCUCUUUUUGUCAACAAAUCUCAUCCGGAUAAUUUUACUGUUCUUAACGGCAUUUGUCUUGCUGGAGCAACGAUCACUGCUCUGCUUUCGCUCUUUAUUACGACCUCAGAGCCCCCAACACCUGUAGCACCAUCUAAACAAAUGAAUGAUAAUGUUCCAUCUUUUAUGGAAGGCCUUAAACAAUGCUUCAAAUCUAAGCAUUUCAUGUUGCUGACAGUGACAAUCGGUGGGGGAAUCGGUGCAUUCAGUGCUCUUUACAAUAUGAUGCAACCAGCUUUAUGUGCCAAGGGCUAUUCACCAGUUUUCAAUGGAUUGAUGGGCUCUGCUUUGAUAGUUGCAGGUCUGUUCGGAGUUGCAGGGGCAGGGUUAAUAGCUGAAGCUACUGGACAAUUGGAAUUUAUUAUGAAAAUGUGCUUUGGGUGUGCAGGAAUUGCAGCAGCUUCACUCUCUAUCGCUAUCAAUUAUGAACAUCAAGAAGCAUGGGUUGCCUCAUCAAUCUGCCUUUUCGGGUUUUUCGCAUUCUCUAUUUAUCCUCUCGGACUAGAGGCUGGAUUGGAAACAUCAUUCCCUGUAGCCGAAGCAACUGCUACGGGUUUAAUAAUGGUCAUAGGACAAUUGGAAGGAAUAGGUUUUGUCGCAAUCACAUCUCUGUUAACAACCAGUGCAACUCCGCAUACACUUGGUAUUCAAACAUGUGUUGAGUCUAACACAGAAAUUAGUUCUGUAGUUGAAUGGAGAAAUGCCUUCUUAGCAUGGCUAGCUAUAGUAGUAUUCUUAAUUAUGCUCUUCAUAACAUUUUUCCGUCCACAAAAUAAGAGAAAAGCAUUUGAACGUCAGGAACUCAUUGAAAGAAGACAACUCAAAGAAUGCGAUACAUCUUAA